AUGGAAACAAGCUGCCGACGAUACCUCGCCUGGGACUGGCCCGACCUCUCCAGCAAAGACACCCCAGACUCUGGGGCGCAGAGAAAAUCACGGAAAGACGACGAAUGCCUUCCCAGCAGGCUUAUCCAGGAUCUGGUCAAGAUCGAUAACCGGGCAUUUGCCGAUCAGAUGGUGAUAUUCCAUCAGAUUUUUCUGGCGCGGUUCGUCUUGGUAAAUACUGGCGCUGAUGAAAUUGCUCAGAGUGCUUUCAAGAGGGCCAAGGAGAUUAUAUCGAACGAGCUACCAAACAAGGAUGUCUGUCUGAUCUUGUCGAGCCGCGGCAAUUCAAUGCAGGACCUCAUCUGGACCCUACUCCAAGCCCGAUCAACAUACAGUUCGCGGAAAGAUAGCAAGGCCUACAUUUGGCUGGAGAAGUUCUCCGAGCGCGUCGUCCAUUACGGGGCGGUGCUCGACGUCUUUGUGCAGCACCAGCCUGAGUACACAUCGCUCGUGUGGGGCACUUUCAAGUUCCUCUUCACGGCCGUAGUCAACCAUGCCGGAAAGGUGAAGAAUCUGGCCAAGGCAUGUUGCCGUACAGCCGAGGCCUUGCCGCGAGCCGAUUUGGGCCUGAUACUGUAUCCCACCCCGGCAAUGCAGGAGGCGGUGGCCCAACUAUAUGCCGCCAUUAUCAAAUUUGCCCUCAGGGCUCUUCGAUGGUAUCAGCAGGGACGGCUAAUGCAUCUGGCCACGGCCAUUGCCAGUCCUUGGGCUCUGAGCUUUGAGGAAGAACUAUUCGAGAUUGAGCGAAACUCCAAGAGCGUCGAAGAGUUGGCCCAGAGCGCCGCGCGAGCAGAGCUCAGGGAGUUGCGCUUCCAGGUGCACCAGGGUCGUUCCGACCAGCAACAAGCAAGGGCCGAGUUGUUGCAACUGAAGAACGCCCCAGCGCAACUAGCAAUGAAAUCUCUCCAGGCUAGUAUUUCGAGUGAUACGAAAUUUUCCAAGAAGAUGAUCUGUGAGAUUCAACUCGGACAGAUCUUGAGCCUCCCCUUUAUGGAGUCCCUCCCCACCAGCGGCCAGUCUCUUGCGUACUGCCGGUCUUUUUGGCUCCGACGGCGGCGGGCGCGCCGGACUGAGAGUUGUGCAGUCAACGUGAGCUCCUUAAAGACCUGGAACCAGGCGGAGCAGAUCCGUUUCGUGGUGGUGGAGAGCGGAAACUCCACGCUCGCACGCGACCUGCUGGUGGACGUGAUUACAGUGCUCCGGCGCCACGGCCUGCCGGUGCUGUGGGCGCUGCGGCCGCAAAAUCUACAUGAAACUAACCUCACCACCGUCGACGUUCUCCGCAUGCUCCUUUACCAGGCUCUCGAGGUCAACUCGGCGGCCGUCGGCCGCUCGUAUCCUAUCACGGUCGCGCACCUCCGCGAGGCAUCGGGCCACGACGAUUGGUUGGCGCUCCUGAAGCGGGCGCUGGAAGACUGCCCCACCAUCUUCGUCGUCUUCGACGCGGAGCUCGUGGAUCACCUUACCGACGGCGACAGAUCUCUCGCAACCAGGGGUUUCUGA